AAACAAUAAAACGAGGGAUUAAAAUGUAAACAUACCUUAUUUAUUUAAAUCCCUUGACUGGACUUGGGGAUGAGGCAAUCCCAAGUCAAUGCCGCGCCAAUAAAGAAUUGCAACACCCCACGCACGCAGCGCCUAUUUAAUUAACCACGCGGAGGGCUAAGGCCAAAGGGGCGUUUGUUUGAGUCAGGACUUUUAUCAAACAGAUGGUGGGCAUGGGCAUUGGCAUGAGGCGUUGGGGCUUGGUGCUGGCAGUGGUGGCGGUGGUGAUGGCGGUGGCAGUAGGGGAGGUGGCGGCGCUGACGCCGGCGCAGUGUAAGGCCGAGAGAGAUAUGGCGGUGAAAGAGUGCCUGGCGGUGGUGUUCGGGAGUAACCCGUCGCCGGCGUGCUGCCAGAGGGCGAGAGUUAGCCAUACCGAGUGUAUUUGCCCGGCGGUUACGCCUAAGCUGAUGACAUACGUGGACCCUAAUCGCGCCAUUCGCCUCAUCGAAAGCUGCGGCCGUAAAGUCCCCCGCCACUUCAAAUGUGGAAGUCUUACGACUCCAUGAAGAAGGAAACAUGAAGAUUAAAGAAGGGGAUGAUUGUUUUUUCUUUUUUAAUAUUAAGUUAAUUAUGUACUAUUUUUAAUUAUGUCCUUAGUUUAA